AUCACUCGCUCCCUCACUCCAGUUAUAAACGUAAAUACUGACUGGGAAAAGCGUGUGUCAGGCAGAGACUGAGCGGUAUCUCUCUUGAAACAGGAACAAAGGACUGCGGUAAAAGUGGGAACUGUACCAUGUUUAAGGGAGUGCUGAAGAAAGGGCGAGAGGGAGGAGGAAGAACUGGCAAAAGAGACACAGGAAGUCAAUCCCUCAGCCCCAGUUUCCAUCACAGAGUUCAGGAAGAGGUUGUGGGUGUUCAGAAUCAUGGGAGUGGGCCGCUGCCAGUACAGCCGUACCCUGCAGAGGAGAUGCUGAGGCCGAGUUUGACCAGAGGAGUGUCCGUCUCCCUCCCUUCCUCCCCCCUGCUCCUUCCCCGCCAACCCUAUCUUUCUCCAGUCCGGUCCAGCAAGUCACCAGGUUCAAUCAGGACACCUAAAUAUGUGGAGAAUCCUUGUGUUUCUGGAGAUCCUGUCACCUGUGCUCUGAAGAACAGGAAGAAGAGCAAUACUGGUUCAAUCAGGACACCUAAAUAUGUGGAGAAUCCUUGUGUUUCUGGAGAUCCUGUCACCUGUGCUCUGAAGAACAGGAAGAAGAGCAAUACUGUUUCAUUGAUUUAUCUGUGGGUCAGGUUUUGUUACGUUGUGGGUACCAUAUAUCCUCACUAA